AUGUCAGAAGAUAAACAAUAUACUAUGGAAGAAGUUUCCAAACACGAUAAAGUUGACGAUUUAUGGAUGGUCAUUAAUCAAAAAGUUUAUGAUGUUACAUCCUUUGUUAAUGAUCAUCCAGGUGGUGGUGAUUAUUUAAUUCAAAAUGCAGGUAAAGAAGCAACCAACGAAUUUUUAGAUGUUGGUCACUCUCAAAAAGCUGUUGAUAUGUUAAAAGAUUAUUACAUUGGUGUUUGCACAGAUUCAAAACCAUUACAAAAUCCAUUAUCUUCAAAUCCAAUCCCAAUUUCUACUGAAUCACCAGUAAUUAAAUCAACUGAAUCAUCAUCAAAUAAUAAUAAUAAUGAAGAUAAAAACAAAGAUGUCACUACUACCAUUGCUUUAGUUGGUGGUAUUGUUGUUGCUGUUGCUUCAAUUGCUUUUUUCACUUUUGCUAAAAUCAAAAAAUAA